AUGCGCCCCCGAUCCGGAAGUAUGAAUCGGUCCAGCGAUGCCGAAUCCGAUCAAAAACACAACCAAGAGUCCGUCAAUCACACAGACCACUCGGUGGUUACCAACCGUGGUGCACCGGCACGUCGCUCUCGCCGUGAGCGAUCUGAGUAUCGAUCGUGGGAUAGGGCUAGCGAUAGACCGACCACGGGAACAACGGGGUCGAAGAAUAGAUCCGUCUCGAGACAUUGA